AAAGAAGUGGAAAAGAACUCGCGUGAUCUACACUUGUCUUCUUCCUUCUCAGUACUACAAUUCUUAGCCACGAACUCGCAUGUACUACAAUUCUUAGCCACGAAGGAAAUAUUACAGAGUGCAUAGUGAGUCUUGCUCUCUCUUUCAUUUCUCAUAGUUUUGGGAGUCUCAGGUAACUCAAAUUCUUUCUCCCCUUUAACUCAUUCUAUUUUAUUUUAUUAUUAUUUUUUCCUGGUCCAUGUAAAUUUUGAUCUUUUCUACCAAACUAUUGAAAGUUCAGUUGAUCUCAUUCAUUUGCAUGUCAUUUUGUUCUUUGAGAGGGAAAAAUUAGGGAAGUAAUUAAGAAAUCAACACAGAUCAUGAAUGGAGUGUGUUAUUUACUAUGACCCAGAAACAAAAUCAAUUUAUUCUGAUCUAUUCCUUUUGGGUAGUCAUCAAAACGUUAGAAAAUAGACUUAUACCUAGAUUCAAGAGUUCUUAAUAAUUUCUUCAAAUCCAGCAACUGUAUCCUGGGAUUGAGCUUCCUCAUCUUCACUAGAACUGGUGUUUCAGUCUAGUCCUGGUAAAUGCAUGCAGCAGGUGAAGUGACCUUAAGAAAUCCAAGUUACCAAGUUUUUAUUUUCUCUGCUCAGAAUUGCAGAUUCCCAGUUUCUGAUGUAGUGCUAGGAACAAAAUCUUCUAGGAAGUAAGCCAUAGAAGGUGAUACUUAGUUUCAGUAAGGUCAAAAGAACUAUAAGAAAGUAAAAAGGUAGCUACGAAAUGGUCGAUGUUUAUAAUGUUGGGUAAAAGUUUUUUAUUUUACUUUACCAACCAUUUUUCAUAAUUUCAUUAGUAAAUUUCGUAGCUGUUUUUCUCUUUUCCUGCAAUUGCUAUGUUAUAUUUUAUAUUUUCAGAGGAGGUAUUUCCUGUGAAUGUUUGGUGGCAGAAGGCCUACAUGUCUCUGUUUCUUGAAAUUUUGCGGGGUGUUCUGCGUCUUAUUGGAGUUGGAGAUCACAAAGAUGAAAAAGACGAGGAAGCAUCUCAUGGGAACACUUCACGAGAAUCAAGGCUGUCUCAGAGUAUUUUCAGUUCAAGCUCAACUGAUUCAGCAAACAAUGGAUCCACAUAUGUUAACUCUGUGGAAAGAAUUUAUGAUGUCUCUAGUAGUUCAAAUAGUCAUAGAAAAUAUGUUUUUUCAUCUUCCCAUUGUCCAGAAACAUUUCCCUCUUGGCUGCCACCAUCUUCUUCAAGUUCAACUCCAUCAAAGCCAUCCCCUCAAGCACCUUCAUAUUCUUUAAAUCCAUCCAUUGGCCUCCCUAAACCUGCACCUUCUUCUUCUACACCAUCUCCUUUAUCCUCUGUAACUUCAGCAUCUUCUUUUAGAACUAUUCGUAAAGAACCUCCAUCUUCCUCAACUCCUUCUUUAUCAUCAUCCAACCCCCCUGCAACUUUUAAGCCAACUUUCACUCCGGCUUCCUCAAAUCUCAUAAAAAUUCCUGAAGUCCAAAGAUCCUAUUAUGAAUCGUCUCCAUCACCCUCUAAGAACCUUCAAUCUUUUAAGCCAACACUGUCUCCAGCUUACUCAAAUUUUAUCAAAAUGCCUGAAGUCCAAAGGUCCUGUUACGAAUCAUCUCCAUCACCCUCCAAGAACCUUCCAUCUUUUAAGCCAACACUGGCUCCAGCUUCCUCAAAUGUCACAGGUCAACAGACAGAAGACAAUUAUGUAUUAGUUCAAAAGGAUGCAGAACCUAUUUAUAUGAUUCCCAAGGAUAUACAGGAUUUGAUCAAGAAAGACAUGGUGCCUGGAGUUCUGAAGAAGCCCUUGUCUAUGUCUACAUAUAAGGAUUAUUUUGCUGCUCUUCUGUAUGCUGAAGACUUCUAUAUUGAGAAAUGGAGCAAGUUCAAAUUGGUGGAUAUCACACUGAAGUUGCAAAAAGCAUCAGUCCUCGACCGACGAUUACAGUUCACAGAGAAUGAUGAGAAGCACAAUAAAACCUUUGUGACAUUUGAGAUUGACUCUUGUUGUGAGAGGCGGCCAUUUCUAUUAUCAAGAGACUUUGUCUUUGCAAGACCUUCGGGAAAUAAAUCUGAGCCAUUUCAGGGUUUGAUAUAUCGAGUGGCGAGAAGCACAACUGUGCUAGUUGAAUUUGGUGAUGAUUUUCAUGCUCAGCAUCAUUCGUCUUGCAAAUAUGAUGUUAGCUUCUCAUUUAACAGAGUAUGUUUAAAAAGAGCUCAUCAAGCCAUUGAAGCUGCCUCAAAUCCUUCAUUUAAAGAUUACAUUUUCCCUGAUUGUGACUUCAGAAUGAGACUCUCUGCAUCAUCACCUUCAUAUUCUAAGAUCUUAUCAUUUCAUGGGCCACCACCUUAUCUCAUUGAGGGCCCUCUCUGUGUAACCAAAGCAAGAUGGAAUGAGAAUAGACAACUAUCAGAAACUGGAUUGUUUGUCCAAGAAUCAGUGCUGGAAAUUUAUCAAAGCUCUCAAAAGCACCGAGUUCUUAUAUGUGCACCUAUUAACAGCACAUGUGAUUUGUUGACAAGAAGCUUGAAGAGGCAUAUUCCUGAAUCGGAUAUGUUUCGAGCUAAUGCUGCGUUUCGAGAGAUAGAUGGGGUGCCUACUGAUAUACUCUCAUCAUGUGUUUAUAAAGGGGAAUGUUUUUCUUGUCCUCGGCUUCAGGAACUGCAGAAUUUUAGAGUGAUAUUGUCAACUUAUGUGAGUAGCUUCCGGCUUUGUAAUGAAGGCAUUGCUGCCGGACAUUUUAGUCACAUUUUCUUGAUGGAUGCCUCAUCAGCUACUGAGCCUGAGGCAAUGGUGGCACUGGCUAAUUUGGCUAAUAAGAAUACUACUGUAGUAGUCACUGGUGCACCAGGAAACUAUCCAGCUUGGGUGCGUUCUGAUAUUGCUAGGAAAAAUGGGCUGAAGGAUUCAUACUUCAAAAGACUUCGUGAGAGAAAUCCAUACAGUAGACUUGAUCCAAUGUUCAUCAAAAAGCUGGUCAGCUUCGAGUCCACAGAAGAUAAACAAAGCUUUGACCCUUUCUCCUUUGUGUAGUUUGCUAUUUAAUCCAUGGAAUCUGCUGUACAGUUUUGAUUUUCGACCGUUUCCGAGUCACUUGCAGCUUUGUUAUUAACUUGAUCACUUUUCAGAAACAUAUUUGAGACUAUAAUAUGUAUAAUGUGGGUAGAAAUUUUUUUUUCCUAA